CUCAUCUCACACUUCAUAAUGACCAAGUUGGUAGUACGUCAUUAAAUCCAGCUCUUGUCUAUCUUUCCAUCAGGGCUAUUUGUCAUCUCUGGGCAAGUCACGGAUAGCGGAGAUUCACAGGGAUGCGCGCAUAGGAGCUCUGGCCAGAAGAGAUGCACGAAUUGUGCAGUCGCUGGCCCGAGAGAAGCUCGUCGAAGUCCAGCUAAUCAACAAGACCCUCAUGGCGCAAGCCGAGCUGGACUUCCUGUGCAAGAAGGAAGAUUACGAGGAGGUCUAUUCCCAGAGAGCCAUGGCAGAGAAUGCCUACGAUCUUCAGGCUGCCAAAGCAAAGCAAGAGAAUAUGAACGAAAAGAUGGAGAUUGAGGUUAUCGACAGGAGGAAAGGGGUCACAUUGGAGGAACAGGAAACCUUGCGCAGAGAGAAGCAACUGCAGUCCUCAGUCAAGCAGGUAGCAGACGCAGAAAAGUACAAGAGAUGAAAUGACAACACCCCACGAUACGUUGAGUCAAGACUCGAGUGGCAGCACAGCCAACUUCAAAAUGCUUCGGUAUGCUGUCACAAAGCUAGAGUUGAGAAUAAAAUUAGAAAUCAUGGACCCAUCAGUAUAUAUUUUCCUUACUUUGCAAGAUAAUUAUCUUUAAUAUGUUGAUAAGUCUACUCUAUUCUAAUGUAAUUUAUUUCAAGUAUGGCAUCUUUGAAAGGAAAUGUUAUUUAUUGUUAAGUAAAUAAUCUGGCACCUGCAUAUGGCAAUAUUUCCAUAACGAACAAUGAAUUAAGAAACUACGCCAAUUCUUCGU